GUCAACACCCAUGCGCUUCACCCGUUUGUGUGUAUAUAAUCCCCCGGCACCGCCCCUCGUUGCUGUUUGUGUUUUUGCCCAUGGCUUCUUCUUCCUCCUCCACUCUCUCCGUGCCCAACUAUCUGGCCACUUCGCUUAAAACUCGUCCAUGCGGCCCGCGCCAGGGCAUGUCCCUCCUCGCCCCGCAGGGCCCGCCUUUGGCCGCCCCGGUGCUCCACUCGCGCCCGGUAAGGACGCCCGAGGCCAUCGGCGGCCUCGCCAGCGUGUGGAGGAAGAUCCAUGGCGCCGACGACUGGAGCGGCCUCGUCGACCCACUCAGCCCGCUGCUGCGCGAGGCGAUCGUCCGCUACGGGGAGCUCGUCGCCGCGUGCUACAAGGCGUUCGACGUCGACCCCACCUCCCCCCGCCACCUCAACUGCAAGUACGGAAAGCGCCGCAUGCUGCGGGAGGUCGGGCUGGGCUCCUCCGGCUACGAGAUCACCAAGUACGUGUACGCGACGCCGGGCGUCGGAGUCCCCAUGCAGGCCGGCGUCCGCUGCGGCCGGUGGAUCGGCUACGUCGCCGUGUCCUCCGACGACGACGCGCGGCGGCUCGGCAGGCGCGACGUGCUCGUGAGCUUCCGCGGCACCGUAACCGCCACCGAGUGGAUCGCCAACCUCAUGAGCACGCUGACGCCGGCCAACCUCGACCCCCACGACCCCCGGCGCGACGUGAAGGUCGAGUCGGGCUUCCUCAGCCUCUACACCUCCGCCGACGCCACCUCCAGGUUCGGCCCCGGCAGCUGCCGAGAGCAGCUGCUCCACGAAGUCUCCCGCCUCAUCGACAAGCACAAGGGCGAGGAGAUGAGCAUCACAGUGGCCGGGCACAGCAUGGGGAGCGCCCUCGCGCUGCUCUUCGGGUACGACCUCGCCGAGCUCGGCCUCAACCGGCUCCGCCUCCUCCAGCGAGAGAUACCCAUCGCGGUGUACUCCUUCGGCGGGCCAAGGGUCGGCAACACCGGCUUCAAGAAGCGGAUCGAGGAGCUCGGGGUGAAGGUGCUGCGGGUGGUGAACGUCCGCGAUCCGGUCACCAAGCUGCCGGGGCUGCUUCUGAACGAGAACUGGAAGGCCUUCGGGGGGAGCUUCGAGCUGCCAUGGAGCUGCUCCUGCUACGCUCAUGUAGGAGUCGAGCUGGAGCUCGACUUCUUCGAGAUGCAGAACCCUGCGUGCGUCCAUGAUCUGGAGACCUACAUAGGCUUGCUGAAGCGCCCCAAGGUGGUACAAGUCCACAAGGAGGGUAUGGAUCUGCUGGCCAAGGCAAGGAUGCUGCUGAGGAAGAAGACGAAUAAGAAACUUCCAGGAUGGACAUGGCCAGAUGCAGCAAGGCAGGUGGGUAAUCUGGCACAGUCUCUGAGACUGAUCUGAGGAGAAGCUCACACAUCACUCAUCGUUUUUUUGCUUCCAUGGUGGGUUGGGAGUUAUCUGCAUUUUAUUCUUUGCAAUUGAUGAUUAUAAUUGUUUCAGUCUCUUUAUGUAUUCUUUAAGUUGUAAAUGAUGACAUUUAUAAUUCAUUUUUUAUGUAUUCUU